AUGCGUAUUUAAACUUUGGUUCUUUUAGCCAAAAUAAUAUGUGUAAUAGGAUAACUAACCAAUAAUAGGAGCUUUAUUUACUCUCAUUAAUUUACUAGCUAAUUGAAUCAAACUUAACCAUUAUGGGCUCCUUUGCUGCUACAUCCCAUAACUUAAAAUAAUUUAGUUUUUAUAUCUACUAGUAAUUCAGUAAUUUCAGUUAUCAACUAACUUGGAAAUCAAAUACUUUUUUACAAAAAUGUAAGUGAUGAUUUUAUUUCGUGCUUUUAAGUUUCUUAAAAUGGGUAAUUGCUUAUUAUAGGUUAUGAAAAGUCAUUCGCUCUUUAUGAAUUAGGAUUCAACUUAAAUAAUGCCAAUCAAAUAAACAUGUAGAAGUUUGAUAAAAUAUCAGAAGUUGAGUUUAGUUUAGGUAUCUAAAGAAUGGUUUUCGAUGAAAAAAAUGAUCUACUAUUAAUUGCAGGAAGAUAAGGCCUUAUUAAUGCUUAUGAUUUAUCCGAUAAAAGUCAUGUUCACUAAAUCGGGACUCACACUAUUUAAAACGCUCAAAUUGAUGAUAUGUAUCUAUCAACAGAUGGUAACUGGUUGUGUGUGUCAUCUACCACUUUUGGAUUAAAUUUAUUUUAGGUUCAAAAAAAUUAAUUUAAUAAUAAUCGCACAUUUAAUGAAGUAGCAUAUAGUAAAUAUGGAAAUUAUACAAAUUAUUGCUAAAUCACUUCUGACAUUUACGUUUUUUGCUUUGAUAAUUGGUUAGGCUUAUUUUUUGCUAAUUUUUAAUCAAUUUUAUAAUCUAUUUAAAACUAAUUUCCCAUUCAAAUUACUUUUUAAUCAUACUGGCCGUUUUUUUCAAAAAUUCCAGCAAUAACCCAAAUGAUAAUUAACUAAAGCGAAACACUAUUAUUCCUAGGUACUAGAUCAAAAGGAAUUUAUAUAAUCGAUAUUUCAAAAAGACCAAAAUUUAUUUUCGUAUAGUAAAUAAAACUCAAUCAUUUUGUGGGAUCUUUAAAACUAUCAAUCGAUGAAUAAUACUUAUAUUUUUCAGAUGGUUCAAGUCUUUUCACUUUUUAAAAAUAAUAAAAAAAUCUGAAUAAUAAUUUUCCAAAUUUGUUUAAUAUUCAUUAGGCAAAGUAUGAUGAAUUUAUGCCUGGCGCAUGGAAAUGGAGAUGCUAUAUUGAUUAAAAUAAUUCAUAUUUUAUUGGAGCUUUCGAUGUCAGUGGCCUUUUUGUUUUCCCGUUUCAUUAAAAUCCAUAUAGAUUAAAUAUUUCUAAUUACUUAAAUUAUCCUAUUAUAUAGGAUUCUCUUUAGUUAGAGCCUACUGGUAAAUAUAUGAUAGUACCCGAGUUUUUUACUCCUGAUGUAGUAGGAGUUUAUCAGUAUAAUCCAAUUGAUGAUAGUCCUGAUUAAAGUGAUAUCUCUCUUAUGAAUAUGAAAUUAGUAAAAUCUUACCCUGCUAAUUUAACUCAAGUAAGUGAGAUGAUGACCUUUAGCUACGAUAGAACAUUUGCUGUUUAAUCUUUUGCAACAGGACUCAUUCUCUACAAUUCUACAAGUAUUUUUGAUAUGUAUGUUUACAUAGUUUGGUAGAAUCCUGAUUUUAUGGUCGGCGAAAACUAAGGUGCUUGCAUUACCAAAGACAAUUAAUGGGUGUUAAGUACUAUUAGGUUAUUUGGAGUUUAUUUACUAAAUGUACAAAAUAAAACUAAUCCUAUUCUUUCUGAUUAUUUAAUAGACUUAGGUGGAGAAAGUGUUUUUAUAUCUGAGUCGUAUUCCUAUGCUUAUUUAGUGGAUUUAACUAAAGGAUUUGCAAUUAUUGACACAACAUAUUUUCCAAAAAUAAAAGUGAUAUCUAGGGUACCUUUAGAAGGAUAUGUUAUUAUGGCUUUACCUCUAUAAAAUGAAGAAUAUAUUUUGAUUACUCAGGAAGAAAAAGGUAUGCUCACUCUAAUUGAUAUGAGAGAUAAGAAAAAUCCAUAUGUUGUGAAUACAAUAAUUUAUCAAUCUCAGACAAGUUAAGCUGUGUGCAUGCCAAAAAGCUAAGAUUAUAUAUUUCUAACAAUAUCAUCAGGGAUUUUAACGAUGCCUCUAUAGAGUGAUGUUUAAAUACACACAGAUGCAAAUCUAAUCACUUUUGAUCAUAAUCAGAGAAUUCUGAGCACUCCUAGUUUUUUUUCUUUUGAUGUUACUUCUUAAAAGCUAACAUUUACUGUAGAUUAAUCUUUAUUAGGAAAUAUUUAAUAACCAAUAAAUUCAAAUAUAAUUUUAUUGUGGACAGUUAUUCCAUUAGAUAAGACUUCAUUUAUUUACAUCGCUGAAGAUUCUUAUGAUUUGGGUGUUACAAACUCAACUUAAUCUGCUCAAAUCUAUCAGUACCUUUUAGAUCAAAAUGUAUUAAAUACAAAAGGAAUAGUUAACAAUCAGUAUGACUUUAAUAAGAAUUUUCUAUUAGACAGUGAUUUUUAAUCUAUAUUAAUAGAUCCUUCAACUAUGGAUAAAACACUAUACUAAUAAAUCAUAUCAUAGAUAACUUUGAAAAUUAAUAUAUCUUUAAAAAAAUCUUGCUACAUGAAUCCUAUUAGAUUUUACGUGAUUCCCUCCCUCACUUUUGAUGCCAGUAGUUCAAAAAAAUUUAUUUCAACCAAUUAGCUGGGAGACAUUUAAAUUAUUUUGCAAAUAGAUGAUUAAGUUGGAAAAUUUCUUUUACCAACUUAAACAAGUGUAGCUUUGUAUAUGUCAGCAAAGUAAGAUUAGCUAAAAAUAGAAGGUCCCCUUAAUGAAGUUAAUAAAAUUUUACAAUAAUAAAUAAUAUUUGCAAAUAAUACAAUAAUAACUAACCAAAUUAGUCCUAAUAUUACAAUAACUAUAGUUGAUAAUAUUAAUUGUUAACUCAUUGAAACACUAUUUAUUGUUGAUUGUAAAUUUAUAAAACUUAAGGGUUAAUUAUAAAUUAACACAUUAAAUAACCUUUAAACACAGUUGAAUUAGUAAUAUCCUCAAAGUGUAAUUAGUAUAGAAUCUUAUGUAAAGAUAUCAUUUUCUUCUAGCACAUUUUAUGUAUCAGAUAGCUAGAUAAUAACAUAUAAGUGUUAUUAUUUAAAUAAAAAAGGGGCAUACGAAUUAUUAUCAGCCAACUUUUGGCUUCAGUAAUAAAAUAAUAAGCUAAGUUUCAAAGGCUCCUCAACAUCUAAUAUGUAUGGUGAGAUCUAUAAAUUCAAGAUAGUAGCAUUUGAUGGUUAUACUUAAGCAGAAGAUGAAUUUUAGAUUUCUAUAACAGGUUUACCUUUUACUUAUGUCUUGAAUUUGCUACUUGAGAUAUUAGGCCCUUUAUUGGGAUUAUUUGGUGCUUAUAAGAAAAGGUUUGUUUUCUAUAAUAUUAUUUUUAAAAAUAAGAUUAAAUUCUCUGAGGAAAGAGUGUUCUGUGGAUAGCUAUACAGAAAAGAAAUCAUCAUUUUAGGUAGAGUUCAAGAAGUUGCUCAGUCUAUUUUAUUAAAUCUACAAAAAGAGAUCUUUUUAUAGCAACGAAGCAAGCUUAUUAAAGAGAUUAAUUAAAUAGAUAACUAAAUAAUUAAAGCUGAAAAUUAAUCUUCAGAUUGCAGUGAAUCUGUGAAUGAUAAAGAAAACUAAAUAAAUUUUGUAAAUGAAGAAACACUUAAAAUUAAUAGUAAAACUUAUAAAAAAAGUUUUGAAAAAUUUUUACAAAAUUUUAAAAAAAUGAAAAAACAUUCACCAAAGACUUUAUUAGAAUAAAAAUAUAUGGGUGUGACAGGUGAUUUGAUUUUUUCAAAUGUUGUUGAAGACAUUCUUAGAUUUUCAAUAUUUCCAAAUUAAAAUAUUUUUAAGUCUAAGUAAGAGUUUAUUGGCGAAAUAAAAAAUUAAAAUUCUAGAAUACACAAAGCAGUUAGAGCAUAAAUUUCAAGAUAACUAUUGAGUUUAGAUUUAAAAACUUAUGAAAUUUAUUAGUUCAUAAAGACAUACUGCAUUUAAAAUAUAUAAAAAAAUAAAAAUGAUUGGUUUAAAGGUUUAGUUUCUAUUGAAUACAAUAAUAAAGAAAAUAAAGAAUAAAAAUCAAUUUUUCCAAAAUUAAAAUUAAAGUGUGAAGUUUUAUUUGAAAUAUUAAAAAUUCUUUAACUAUUUUCAGAUAAAAAUGAUAAAUAUGUUCCUAAGAAUUUUAAAUAAAUGGUAAAUUGUGUAAAUAAAUAUUAAGCUGAUAUUAAUAUCUUUUUAUUAAGAGAAGUUAUCUUUGCAGAUACAUUUGGUUUUUAAGGUUAUAUGCCAUCAAAUUUUAAUCCAGCACUAGGUUAAUCUAUCCAUCUUAACUCUUAUGAAAUAAGUUAAGUUAUUGCAUUUAAAGAAAAGAAAAUUAAUAAAUGGUUAAAGCCUCUUUACAGACUAUUAAAAAUAGAAUAUACAAAAUAUGGGCUGUUUAAAAAUAUGAGACUACCAUCUUGGAUUUAUUUAGAUCAAAGGCAUGGAAAAAUAAUUUUUCGUGGAAUACCAACUAAACUUGAUGUAGAAUAAAUUUAAAUAAGGAUAUAUGACAUAAGCGGAUAUGUAAUUUAAGAAUUUUCACUAAAUAUAUAAACAAACUUUUAAAAAUCAUACCAAAGAUUAGAAUUAAUAAAUAAUAUUUUUAACAACUCGGAAAUUUAAGAUGAAUAAAAUUGUCUACUAAUCGAUAUAAAUUAAUAAAAAAAUUAAAAUUAUAGAACUUUUGAAUCUCCUAUAGCAAUGAAAAGUCUAUCUGCGAGAAUUAAUUAGAACACUAUUUAUAAUUUGCUAGAGAGAUAAAACAUUUAAUAAUCAUAAAAUUGA